AAGAAUCUAAUGCCACUUCUAUACCACUGCUUCCCAAGACUCCAGGUGUGGCUACAAAAAGAAACUCCAGUGGUAAAUUAGCCACAGGAAUCUUAAUUCUCAUCAUCAUCCUGGUCCUCAGCGCUGCCCUCGCUGUGCUGUUGUACAUUCUUUGGAAAAAAGGAAAAAGAUAUUCCUUUGAUCUGACGAACACUGACCACGAAACCCCGCUCCGGAGCAUGGAGCAUGGAGGAUUCAUCGACCAAACCAAAGUAGCAGAAUUGCCUACAAACUUGGAAGAGGAUUCCAGUGAAACCAAGCCAGUAGCGAACGGAUGUGCUGGAGACAAACCUGAACAAACGCCAUCCUCUCCUGUGCUGAACAUCCCGGAAGAGAACAGCUUCUCGUCAGAGAGCAGUCUAUCUCUGGAUGUGAAGAAAGUCGGGUUUAAUUUGGACCUCGAUCUGAUUGGAGAUUCUGUUCUUGCAAAUGAAGCUUCAUCCGAACCAAAGGACCAGGAGCAAAGUGAAAACAACAGCAAUGACUCAAACACUGACAACGACCCUGUGGAUUUCUUUACUGAGAUUAACCUGGAUGAGCCACAGUAACACACACAGGGGGUAGACAAAAUAACAGAAACCAGUGACAACAGCUUCAUAUCAAGUAUCAAAUAGUAAUAAGGUUCAGUUUUUGCCUUCAGACAGCUUUCAUUCUCAUAGAAAUGCUGCCAUACAAACAACAACCAAAAUGGUUCAGUGGGAUGUUGGCGCUUCUUCGACUCUUCAAGGGAUGAAGAUCUACUCUACAGUCUGUGUUUUACUGAUGUUUAGAUUUAGUCAUUGCAGAGAGCAUGGAAGGAGCCUGGCUUCAUCCUGAUGUGUGUCAAACUAUUCUUUGAAAACAUCUUAAGCUCACAAGUUCAAAUCUCAGCUCUGCUAAUGGCUGGCCGGGCGCUUUCACAGACUGCCAUGACUUGUGAGACUGUUUCCCUCAAAUAUGAAGGCUGAUGCACAUGGAUUUUACACCCUUUUCACACUGGACAGUAUCCUGUGGUAGGGUACAUUUUUAAAUUGUAAUUAAUCUGUAUCUCAAGUUAAUCUUCUUAUUAAUGUACUGUUUUUGUUAUUUUGUCCACCUCGUCUAUAUACACAUAGUAUUACUUAACGUUCGUUUACUUUUUGUUAAAUUCUCAUAAAAUUUUAAUCCUGGUCUGGGUCACGUCGGGUUCGGUUCUACCAGGAAACUCUGGGUACAAGGUAGGACUACCGAGGAAAGGGCUCCGACCUAUCGCAGGGGUUCGGUUGUCCCUCCAGGCUCUGGCCCCCUUAGACAUAGCCAAUCAUGUCCGUGUAGAUGACUGACAGCUCUCAGCAAUUGUGGGCUAGCAUAAAUAGUGACAUAAUAAAAAACAUUUCUAUUUUUAUAUUUUGUACUUCAUAAUGCAGCUUAUGUAUAAAAUAAAAGUUUUGUAUUUUUAUUAAUAAAACUGUGUUAGUUAUAAAUGUUCAGACAUUAAACUGGUUUGGUAAUAAAACUGAUUGCACUA